AGUGCCCACAAGGGACGGGGCUGCCUGGCCGAGAAAGGACUGCUCAGCACGUGAGCGAUAGGAGCCCGGAGACAGAACUACACGUACACAGACCCUCCUUAAGGAAGGCGGUGAGGUGCUUUUUGUUACCAAUGAAACGCAACCAAAUGCUGUGUGCCACACUGCCCAAACCCAGCGGCCCGGCCCAGGCAGUCGUCCCAGCCCAACUGAGCCCGGAACUCCUCUUCCCUCACGGCCACGGACGGCGUGUCUUCCGGCGGGGCGGGACGGGACGGGACGGGACUCAGCCUUCGCUUGGCUCCGCUGCUCUGUGUCCCCCACGCCUCGCUCUGCCCUGCCCUGCCCUCCCCUCUCCUGCUCUCCUCUUCUCCCCUCCCCUCCCCUCUCCUGGAGGUCUCUCCGAGCGGCACCGUUGCCGCUGUGUCGCCUCCCGGGCUGCUGCUCCCGGCUCAUCCCGGGACGGCGCUCAGCGCUGUGGGCAGAGACGGAGCCGUCGGUGCCGCUUCCAGGAGAACGGCCGCCUCUUCCCAGCAGAGCAGGCUCCAGUUCAACUUGUGCCUUCCAGGCGUGAUCAUCCCAGGCUGCAGGAGAGCAGCAAAUGGCCACAGCACAUCCGUGUCAGGAGCCCGUGAGCUUUGCGGAGGUGGCCGUGUAUUUCAGCAGGGAGGAGUGGGCGCUGCUGGACCCUGCGCAGCGAGCGCUCUACCGGGACGUGAUGCUGGAGACGUACCAGUGCGUGGCCUGGCUGGCGCCACUUCCAGGCCCCAAACCCGGGCUGAUCUCCCUGCUUGAAGGAGGGGAAGACCCCUGGAUCCCAGAUGUGCGUAGCCCUGAGGCCGUGCCAGGAGACCUGAGCCCAGCAGGAACUGGGAUUACAGAUAUACUGGAGGAUGUGCAGGAAAGUGGUGUGGCCGAAAGGCGGUGGGGUAGUGCCUGUGUGGGAGAAAUCAGAAGGGAUGUCCCAGGAGGCCUGGAGCAAGGUCAGGGUGAGCACAUCAAGAAGGCACUGGGAGAGCAUCUGGAAGAGAAAGGAAGGAGCCCACUGGACUUCAACAUAGGUGAAAAGCAGGCGGAAGGACCCAGGAGCAAGGAUGUGUGUCUGAUAAAAAAGCAGAAUCCAUGCAGUGCGUGUGGGAAAAGCUUGGAAAUAGAUUCCAGUGUCAUUAACCACCAGUGCAUGCACGCAACGAAGAGCCUGUACAAGUGCUCUGAGUGUGGGAAGAACUUCGAACAGAGAUCCAAACUGAAACGCCUCCAACGCAGUAACGCAGGAUGGAGGCCCUACAUGUGCUGUGAGUGUGGGAAGAGCUUCAAAAGCAGUUCCCACCUCACCUGCCACCAACGCAUCCACACAGGAGAGAGACCUUUUAAAUGCCCUGAGUGUGGCAAGAGCUUCAAAAGCAGUUCCCAUCUCUCCUGCCACCAACGCAUCCACACAGGAGAGAGACCCUUUAUGUGCUCUGUGUGUGGGAAGGGCUUCAAAAGGAGUUGUGAAUUGAAGGUGCACCAGCGCAUCCACACAGGGGAGAGACCCUACAAGUGUCCCGUUUGUGAGAAGAGCUUCAAAAGUAGUUGUGAAUUGAAGCAGCACCAGUUCACCCACACAGAAGAGAGACCUUUUCAGUGUCCCAAGUGUGGGAAGAGCUUCAGCAGAAGAUCUGCGUUAAAGCUGCACCAGCGCAUCCACACAGGGGAGAGGCCCUACAAGUGCUCUGCCUGUGGGAAGAGCUUCAAAAGCAAUUCAGAACUGAAGCUGCACCAGCGUACCCACACAGAGGAGAGACCCUACAAGUGCUCUGAGUGUGGAAAGAGCUUCAAAAGGAGUUCCCACCUCACCUGCCAUCAGCACAUCCACACAGGAUAGAGACCCUUUCAGUGUUCUGCGUGUGCAAAGACCUUCAAAAUCUGUUCUGAACUGAACCUGCAGCAGCGCAUCCAUACAGAGGAGAGACCAGUUCAGUGUCCCGAGUGUGGGGAUAUCUUCAAAAGAAGAUCCGAGUUAAAGCUGCACCAGCGCAUCCACACAGGGGAGAGGCCCUGCAAGUGCUCUGAGUGUGGGAAGAGCUUCAAAAGCAGUUCUGAGUUGAAGCAGCACCAGCAAACCCACACAGAGGUGAGACCAUACAAGUGCUGUGAGUGUGGCAACUGCUACAACAGUUGGAGGGCCUGUGUGCUUCAGCAUCAUCAGCAUGUGUGAGACGUGGUGGGAAUGGCCCUGUGAGGGGUGUGCUGUGUGUGAUGGAUGGCUCUGGGCUCUGCAGGCUGGAGAUCCACUCAGGGCAGAGACCGUAGAAGUGCCUGCACUGCAGGAAGAGCUUCAUCCAGAGCUCAAUCCUUGUUAAAGGGUAAAAAAAAUCCAUGUUAGUCCACAUGAGAGCUCCCCUUUGACCUUGAAGGUUUUUGCUUUGACCUUGGGAAGGUGUGUCUGAGCAAUGUGCUGGCCCUUCUGCAGCAGGGCCUUCACAUUUGCUGGGCUCAGCUAGAGCUGCUGUGCUUGGAAUGCAGUUUGCAGGAAGUGGAGGCUGGUUUUGGUGAGCUAGUGAAGCCAUCAGGAGCUUGCCCAUGUCCUCAGGUGAGGUUCUGUAAAGGCUCCCUGACGUCCCAGCAAGCUGCAAGGAGAUGAUGAUUGCAGUACCGAGGAGCGCUGCUUCCUCCAUGCCAGGGAGCUGGGGCCUGGUCUGGUGAAGGAGAGGUACAGCAGGGCCCUGGGGGUUGGAGGAGCCCAAUGCGUGGGGAGGAAACUAGCAGCUGGGAGGCGAGGGGAUCCCCGGCAACAGGAGGCAGCAGCCCAGCCGGGAGCUGGGAUGAUUUACUUUUAAGAUGCAUCCACUAAUUCCUGUCAAGUGGCAUCAGUCACGUGUCUCCUCUUUCCUUUUAGGAAAACAAGCAUUCUCACUAUUCUGUUUUUCUUUUACAUCACCAUGUGCUCAGAAGCAAUGAGCAGGUUUUCCGUGAAUAGGAAAUAAAAAUGAAGAAGUUUUCCCACUUUUACUCCCUGAAAAAUCACUUGAACUGCUGAUGUCCCCCACUGUUUUGUCACACGUCAUGUUUUGUUGCACUAAGGGUUAGAAAACUCCAUUUUUUUCCCCUCCUCCUGAACUUCCCUGCUUUCCCUCUGCUGUGGGGAAAGUCCUUCUGUUGCAGACAUGAGUCCCUGCAGAGUUGUGAGGGCAGCGCCCCGUCUGCAGGAACAGGAGCAUUUCAGAGGGGGGUAUGGAGGAGAGGGACUGCCAUUCUGGGGAUGGGCGUUCACCCAGGGGGGCAUGGAGGGAGGGCUUUGUCCUGUCUGCUUCAACCAACACUUGUAUCCAGCCAGCAGAAGGCUGUGCCCUCGGUGUCCCACGUGAGCUCUGCACGGAGCUUACAGUUGGCUGUGAGGUGGUGGAGAGCCUCUGGGCACUGAUUAAGGGACAAGGAAGUAAAGUGGUUGCCUACUACAUGCCACCCAGCCAGGACGGCGAUCCCAAUCAAUUCUUUAAGGAAUUAAGGGAUACGUCUGGAACAGCAUCACUGUUGAUGAACAGCAUCACAGACCAUGAAUGACAAUGUCAAAUAGGACCAGGCCCAUUAUGAAGCCCUGCAGCACACCUGCAGCUACUGGCCUCCUGCAAAACCUUGUGCCACUGACCACCACUCCGACUGGUCCGGCCAUUUGUCCAGAUUUUGAUGCUGCUCACUGUCUACCUAUGCAGCCCAUACAUCAGUAGCUGUCUCAAGUCAGGACACAAAAACCCUCUGCUUCUCUUUCAUCUCCCAACUUACUCCAUUCCAAAUAGACCCCAGGAAAGGCUUCCUUUACAGGUUCUUGCCCCGUGACCUCUGGUGCUCAAGGGACAUUUGGAUAAAGCCCUGCAUGACGUGCUUUCACUUUUGGUUAGCCCUGAAGUGGUCAGGCAGUUGGACUAGAUGAUCUCUGAAGGUCACUUACAACAGAUUUUGUUUUUAAUGGUUUUAUAAGUCUACGUGGAGAUAAAAUGUAAGAGUCGAUAUCUUGCUGCUAUAUGUCCGUGGCUUAUGAAAAAUAAAUGACGAGGAUUUAUAGACAACC